AAACGGGCCGCGGCGGUGGAGCGAGCCGAGGGGCCCGAAGAGAGGCAGCGCGGCGGGACAGAGCGGCCCUUGGUGCUCGGGGUGGGCUCCGGGCCCUGCCCGUCGUCCGGUGUUCUCACCCUCAGUCAACCAUCUCGACAUUUAUUUUACUUGUGAUAUCGCCUUGGAGGCAGAAAACAUAUUUCGACACGGAAAUCCCUGUAACCAAGUCUCACAUUCCUUUAUUUUCCUAAAUAAGAUCUGGAAGUGUGUACUUACCCAUUUGCUCACGUCAGGGUUGUUCACUCCCGAUUUCCGUCAUUUCCCUCACACUGCCAGAAAUUCAGAGCACCUUGCUGUCCUAGUAUUUCUAGCAGGAGGCAGAGCUGUGUAAGGUGAUCAUCAAAAGCCCUGCUCAGAGGACUUAGAUCAAGAACACAGAGACUAAACAAAUGGAAAAAAUCACUCAUCUGGAAGCUCUGAUGUUUAGUGCUGUGCUGGAGAGCUGUGUGGAUCAACUUACAAUUCUUGGAUAUAUCAUGCCAGUUCCACAUAAGGACAAGACAGAAAUCAACCAUCAAACGAAAGAAAUGAUCCAGGAGGAGCUGGGUAUUAACUUCCCAGAGCUGAUGUCAGCAAAGAGUGGGGAGACAGUUACCUGCACAGCCCCAAAAACCACCGAACACGAGCAGCAGCAGGGGAGAACUGAAGAUCAGAAAAGCACCCAGCAUUCUUCCAAAAGCCCCAAGAAACACAUCACCCGGGCUCUAGAGAAGCUCAAAAAAAUUUAUGCUGACAGGCAGUAUGCAAGUGAUGUAAUUACAGUCACUAUUAAAAAGAUGGAGGAAUUGGGAACAUUUAGUAGCCUAACAGAUGCUAAUGAGAGAGAGAAGGCAAAAAAGGGCAAGUUUUAUGACAUCCUCAUCAGGGAGGAAAAAGGAAAGAAGGAGAUAAAGGCACUCCAGAAGCAGCUGCAAGAUGUCAAGAAACAAACUGGCCAAGACCUUCAGAGCCGAGAUGAUGUUAUUGAUCGCCUCAAAGAUAAGCUUCAAGAGACCACAGCCAAAAUGAACACAGAGAGCUACUACAUGAAGAAAAAUACAGAUCUCCAGAUCCAACAAACCCAGAAAAAGUGCAGCAGUGCAGAGAAUGCCCUGGAGAAGAAAAUCCAGAAUUUGAAGAGCAAAAUUGAUGAGGAGAUUCAACUUCACACAGAGACUGAAAAUUUCCUCAUGCAAGAGUAUCAGAAGGUGAAAGAGAGGCUGGAAUACUGGAUAGAGAAGUAUAAAAAAGACACUACUGCAAAAGACGAAGAACUGGAUGAUCUAAGAGCAUUAAAGGCAGAGAACCUGGAAACGAUGCAGAGAUUUGCCAAGGAGUGCCUGAUGUUCCAGACAACCAUCAUUAUUGACCGGACAGACAAGGAGGCCAAGAGGAAACAAAGAGAGCAGGAAGCCCUGGAGCUGAAGAGUGCUGUGAAGGUGCAGGCCUGGUGGAAAGGUACAAUGGUCCGCAGAUUCCUUGGCCCCUACCAGGAGCUUGAGAAGUAUUUGAAAGAACUGUCAGCAGAGAAGGAUACAGGCAAGAAAAAAUCUAAAGCAAAGAGAUAAGUAAAUAAAGUGGCUACAGAUGUGCUCCAGGA